AUGACACGAAGAGCAGAGCAAACCUGCCUGGUAUCCAUAGCCACCUGCUCACUGGAGAAGCAACAUGAUAGGCACUGUCAGAGCCAUUUGCUGGCUCUCUCGGCUUUCAUUGUUCCUGACACAGGGAUUAUCGAACCAACUGCACUUUUCAUCGCGAUUUUGGCAAGACGAGUGGAUCCUGUUGGAUUAGGUCAUGUAUUCGCUCUGAGUUUUUCACAGAAUCCAUGUGAGGAAUGUCUUCAGCAGAGAUUCAUAGGCUUUAUCAACUCACUUGAUGAGUCAAGUUUUAUUACAGACUCAACGUUUACCAUGGGCUUUGAGCAGCUCAGUGUCAAGGUGAAGCUGUGUGGAUGGCUCCAUGAAGCAGUGUCAACCCCAAUUAGACAGACCAGAUACUCUGAAGCUUCAACAGUCCCACAAGGAGGCAUUACUGAAGGGGCAAAGGACUUUUGCAGGUGGCACGGCGAGUGGGAGACCUGUGGAUAUUGCAUUGGAAAGUUCCAGUGUCACACAUCCUCCUCUUGUAUAUGGCACACAGCUCGGUGUGAUGGUACUAAGGACUGCCCUUCUGGAGAAGAUGAGCUGGGAUGUGUGCGGAUCAGUGGGAAGAGUUCAGUGGUGCAAAUAUACACUGGUGGUACCUGGAGAACCGUGUGCUGGGAUGGAUGGAAUGCUGUGCAUGGAACAGCUGCUUGUAAGCAACUCGGGUACAGCAGUUACAUAAACUCGACAGAACUUCCCAUUGCAUCCAUUGAGGAGAAACUGAAGCUCAACUUUGUGGAAGUAAAUUUUAGCCAGCACAAAAUCGACAGCCCCAGGAUACAAAUUGUGCUCCCAUUGAGCACUGAGUGUAAUUCAGGCAAGGUGACCUCACUAAAAUGUUUAGAAUGUGGUUCCAGGCCUCGAUAUACACCUCGGAUUGUUGGUGGGAAUGCCUCGAUGGUUGGUCAUUGGCCUUGGCAGGCAAGUCUUCACUUUGAUGGACAACAUCUGUGUGGAGGAUCCAUCAUUGCUUCCCAAUGGAUAGCGACUGCUGCACAUUGUGUUAUUGAGAUUGUGGGUCAACCCAGGUGGACGGCAAUGGUUCAAGAGGGCAGCUCACUAUCACCUUCUCUAAGAUUUAUAUUUCUCUCCUCUUGGAAAGUAUUUGUUGGAAUUGUAGAGCAGCCACUGACUGAUAGUUCGUCCUAUGUUGUGGAGAAGAUCAUACAUCACAAGAAAUACAAAGGACGGACUUAUGAUUAUGACAUUGCACUCUUAAAACUGGCGAGGCCAUUGAUGUUUAAUGAUUGGAUUCAGCCUAUCUGCCUUCCCAAUUCAGGACAAGAGUUUGCAGAAGGUACAGCCUGCUGGAUUUCAGGAUGGGGUCUGACUGAUGAAGGGGCAGAUGAAAUUUCUGUCAGUCUAAUGGAGGCCCAGAUUCCCCUAAUAUCCAAUCAUGUGUGCAGCCGCCCAGAAAUAUACUACAAGAGGAUAAGCUCCAGAAUGAUUUGUGCUGGCUACCUUCAGGGAGGGAUCGAUUCCUGCCAGGGAGACAGCGGAGGCCCCCUCGCCUGCAAGGAGAACAAUGCUUGGAAAUUAGUUGGAAUUACAAGCUGGGGAGCAGGCUGCGCAAAUCAGAACAAACCUGGAGUGUAUGCACGGGUCACUGAAUACCUAGACUGGAUCCACAAGCAAAUGGAGAGAGAAGAGUCAAAUGGCUGAAGACAAGAAUAAAUCAAAUAUAUUUUAAUAAAUUGAUGCCUG